AUGGCUGGAGCCGAAGACCUGGCAAGCGGCGUAAUAUACGAUGCCAUAAUAGUCGGCGGCGGCCCCGCAGGCCUCAGUGCCCUGAGCGGACUCGCCCGCGUGCGCCGGAACGUUCUCCUCAUCGAUUCUGGCGAAUACCGCAAUGGCGAGACAAGACACGUCCACGACGUAAUUGGCUCCGAUGGCGUCACACCCGCCUACUUCCGCUACCGCGCCCGUGAGCAAAUCUCGCACUACGACACCGUCUCCAUGACUAACGGCACCGUGACAAAAAUCACCGUCUCCAAAGACAACACCUUUACCGUGACCACCAAUCUCUCCAGUAGCACAGAAACCAUCCAAGCCAGCAAAAUAGUUCUUGCAACCGGGCUAAUGGACCUUCUCCCUUCCACCCCAGGUCUCAAGGAAAACUGGGGUGAAGGCAUAUUCUGGUGUCCCUUCUGCGAUGGACACGAGCACGCCGACCAAUCCCUCGGCAUCCUAGGCAGUCUGGAAAAAAUCGUCGGCUCCGUCCCCGCCAUGCUGGAGUUAAACACGGAUAUCAUGCUCUUCGUCAACGGGACUGACGUCCCCUCCGUCCAGGCCGCCGCGAACAAGGCGAAUCCCGACUACGCCAAAUUCCUAAGAAUGCGCAACGUAACCAUCGAAAACCGCACCAUUGCCGCCAUUAUCCGGAUGCAGAACGGCGGGGCGCAUGAGGGCGUCGAUCCGAGUCUGCCCAGUUGGCCAGAGCACGAUUUAUUUCGGGUUGACUUUACGGAAGGUCCGUCGGUAGAACGCGCGGCGUUUUUGGCCAAGUUUGGAAACAGGCAGAGGUCGACGCUGGGGCAGGACAUGGGAGUUUGGCUAUAUGGGGGGAGACUGGCGGCCGAUAAUGCGAAAGGGUUGGUGACGAAUAUUCCGGGAGUUUAUGCGGUGGGGGAUGCAAAUUCAGAUAAUUCGACGAAUGUGCCACAUGCGUUGUAUACGGGGAAGAGGGCGGCGGUUAAUAUUCAUGAUGCCUUGGCGACUGAGUUUUAUGAAAAACAGUUGGGCGUCGAUGUUCCUGAAAAGGCGAAGAGGAGCUUGAGGCUAGACCUGAGGGCUGUUUGGCAGGAGAUGAAUGGGUGUGCUGAGGAUAAUAUACUAUACGCUGGGGAUUACGACCAGUAA